AAUAAAGCUUUAAAGUUCGUUCUUACAUUUUAUACUGAAAAUACUGACGGAUAUUUAGCGUUAAGUCACGAUUCUGAGGGGGUAUCUGCCGCCCUACCCCAAGUUCCCUACGAUUACUACCACGUGCUACACUUGCCCCACUCACCCCCAUUGUACCCGGUGUUUGAUCGACCUCCCCACACAGAAUUCAGCUGUGCUGGACGCCCAAGAGGCUACUAUGCUGAUGUGCAAGCUGGAUGUCAGGCUUAUCAUUUCUGCUGGCGUCAUCGUCUGGUCAAUACUGACCUUUGUACGAAUGGGACUCUAUUCAACGAACAGUUUCAGGUGUGCGACCAUUUCUACAAUGUGCGUUGUGGAUCACCUUACGAAGACCUGUAGUUAUUAUUAAAUUAAAAUAUAUUUAUUUCCGUGGUAUAUUAAGUUUUUAUUUGCCUACUUUUAAACGUUAUUUGUACAUUUAACGCCGUUCAAG